AUGCAGCCUCAUACCGGAAAACGCAAACGAGCUCCUCCUCGGAGCCAGGGAGACACAAGUGCGGCGGCGACAUGGAAUCAGAUAUUAAAAAAUGGCCAGCCUCCAAAACCAUCGGAAUUACCUGCGCAGCUGAUGAACCAGAAUCGUCCGCAGGCUGCAUUAUUUCAACCUUCAGAUCCCGCCGCCGUACGCUCGAUCCCUGCUCAGCGGAGAGUAGCAACACCGGUCUUUCUAGGAAGGCCGAGGCCGAAAACACCUCCUUUCCCCUUUGCCGCCUGCACAGUAGGGCUCGAUCCUGCCAGACUGCCAUCAGAACCAGACCCGAUUGCUGUGGCUGAGAUCAAUAGAGUGAUACCGGAACCUCCUCGGAGAGCUAAUGGCAAAAAGAACCUCGCUGCGAUGGUGAAAUUGCUCGAGACGGACGGGAUGGGGUCAUACGAUGUUCCGCCUGCAAGGAAGAAACGAGAAUUGGACAAACAACAUGUGCAGCAGACUGAUACUGGAGCGCGACAAGAUCAGCCCGAGCUGGCGGAAGACAUGAGCGGUGCAGACUUUGAUGCGCUUUUCCAGAAUCUGGCGGAUUCCGGAUUGGUGGAUCUUCGCUCGGCUGAUACACAUUCGGCAGGGGACUAG